AAUAAAGCGUCCCCUGUUUUCUUUGGUCCCUGAUUUCCCCUGUUUCUUGGCUAUAACACUUACAUAUUUAAUCUUCAAGAACAGAAAGUCAUAAUUAAAAAAUGAUUGAUGGAUGAUUAAGGUCGUCUCUACUCUACAUUUUCUUUGGCCAACAUGCAGACAAAGGGAACAAGACGAACAACCACUGCAGGAAAGAAAGCAAGCAAAGCAUCAUACUCUGCCCCAAAAUUAUUCAAAAACAAUCCACCAAAUCAAUAAAUAACGCUUCUUCCACUUCCAGUUUGGACUCUUGUAUUCAUCCAUCUCCCACUUCUCCACAAACCCAAAAAAACCCUUCUCUGCCUUCCUCUGCUUUCUUCUUCCCUCACAAAUGGAAAACCGGUUGAGUACCCGGAUCUCUCGCAUCUUCCGGGGCUCAUUCGGGUCCUCUUGCCGGACCCGGAAUCUCUCCGACGUCGCCGAGAAGGCCGUCUUCAUCCCCCACCGGCAAAACAUCAACAACGAUGAAAACGGCUCUGUUUCGACGCUAAAGGCUCGACCUUUCCCGACCAUAUGCAGAGCAGCAACCUGCCCUGAAACCGCAACUCAAGUGAUCAAUCACUGUACCAUCCCUUCAAAGAGGAAAGAAUCUCACCAAAGAAGAUACCCUCCUCUCGUUCCUAACUCCGGGAAAGGCUUCCCUCCGGAUUUGUCGUCCCCUGUUUCUCCCCUGACCCGGUCAUACUACCGGAAAAAACAGAGUACCCAGAAACAGGGGACGAAAAGCAAGAAGAAGAAGAAAAAGAAAAGGGGCGGAACCCAGAAGCGGGAAACGAGUUCUCUUAUGAGUUCUUCGUCCCUCGACAGCGUCUACUUCGGCGGGAGUUACUAUUGGUUCAGCAGCGAAGACGAAGACGAAGGAGGAGGAAAAGGCGAUAAGAAUGGAUAUGAGAACGAUGACGAAUCCGACACUCUGUUUUUCUCCUCCAGAAGCCUCUCCUCCGAUUCGUCGGCUCUCUCUGCCAGCCGCCGCCACCGAAACCGCCGGAAUCAUCGCCGUGAAGGGUAUGCCACAGUCGAGUCAGGGAGGAAACCGAGAGGAAGCGAAAUCGACAACUCGAAGAAGGGCGUCGCUAAAGCUGCUGCUGGCGAUGCUAAAAGUGGUGAUAAAAGCGGGGAGCUGCCACUGGAGGGGAAAGUGAAGGGGAGCUUUGCAGUGGUGAAGAGCUCGAGCGAUCCUUACAACGAUUUCAGGACAUCAAUGGUGGAGAUGAUUAUAGAGAAGCAGAUAUUCGGGGCCAAGGAUUUGGAGCAGCUGCUGCAGUGUUUCUUGUCUCUCAACUCCGAUCAUCACCACAGGAUCAUUGUCGAGGUUUUCACUGAGAUUUGGGAAGCUCUCUUCUCCACCUUCUAUUGAUCAAUAAGAUGGGGAAAUCGGUAUUAAUGGUAAUGGGUAUAUUAGGAUUACAGCUCUGUAACUCUGCUCUGUUUCUGUGUGAGUUUGAUCUCUCUUUCUCCCUGCCUAAGUUGUUGCUGUAAUUGAGUUCUGACUAUGAACCAUUGACUGCUCUUCUUCUGUUCUUGCUGUAAUUUGAUUUUCAUUAGCUUGAAAUAAUGUAAGAUCGGGUUGCGCAUUGCUGUGUAACGGAAAUGUCAAAGUAUGUUUGGGGGUUUCUUCUCUUGCGUGUGUAAUGUGUUUUGAGUUUUGACGAUUGACAAGAUGGACCAAAAGGCCUGGCUAGGGGGGAAAAUGAAGCACUUCCUUUUUC